AUGCCUGGACUACACAGCCGAAAAGCACUCAGCUUAUCACAGUCGUACGGCUUCUAUUUCACUAAUAGCCAAGAACUUAUUCACCUCCUUGGCUUUGAGGUCAUAUACGGUCCGCUCCUGCUAAUUACCGACUCCAACCGACUUCGCCGGCCAAAAAAGGGCAACCCACGCGGCAGAGCCCAAUCAUCCACUAUGAACCAACCCACGAUCCUGUAUCUGUUCACUUUCGCUCUCUCGGUCGCAUUCACCUAUUAUUGGCUCACUAAAAGAAUUCCAAGCCGGCUUGUCGCUGAUCAAGCUCCAAAGUCGAGAUUCGAGCUCGUCCCAGUGAAAAGCUACAACGUGCCCGCACGUGCUGGUGGGAUUGAGUGGGUAGUACAGCCAGUUGAAAAUUCCAAUAUUGCUGACAUUAAUAGCAUUAUAUUUGUCCAUGGUCUCGGAUCCAACCCUGAUACGACGUGGCGAGCGAGAAAAUUCACGAACACCUCACACCCAACCGAGGAAACCCGGCCGAACAGUGACCAAUACGUAAACUGGGUCAGCGACUUUCUUCCAAGUGACCUCCCCCUAGAGGUCCGCGAAGAUGCUCGCAUUUUUUUUUUAUAA